AUUUCUCCUCCAUAUCAUCUGCCCAAUUCAAUCGGUCUCCAACAUCAUCCGAGCCUACCUUAGUCGACCCGCUCCCUUGCCGACUCCUUUGCCCAAGCACUGUUCAUCAUCUUCAACCUUGUGCCACGCCGACUGCUCCAUCAACUACAUACAAUCCACUGCUUCCCUCUCAUUAACCGUGACAUUUCUACCAGCAACUGUAGGACGAAAUGAUGCACGCUUGAUUCCAGCAAUUUGUGGUGUGCAAUAUGGAGUACGCCAGGCUGGAAAUUAGUUUUUUGCCGUGUUAAAUGAAAAAGGUUAUGCCUCAAGUUGGAAUUGACUCCAAACCGUGGACUCACUGAAACAUUGCAGAAUUCUCCACCAAAACGUGCAAUUUGCAGUAUUGACCACGUUAGUAGAAAAGAUCAAGAAGACUUGAAUGCUGGAAGUAGCUUCUUUGCACCGAUAAUAAGCUACCUACAAGCAAAGAGGAUUGCAGAACCCCAACUUCCCUUCAGUGCACUCAAGACAAAUUAGUUUACCAAGUCUCUGUAAUUUUCUCCUGCUGAAGGGAGGGGCGUUUCAAUGAUUGCACGUGUGAAGAAACAUAUGUUCCGUGUUCCGGAUCAUCAUAUGGAAAAGCAAUCCUUGCCUUUUUUUCCAACGUUGUAUAAUGACAGAAUUGCUUGUAAUGUUCUAUCUCUUUAGCUCUUGAUGUGAUAGGAUUUAAGUGGUAAUCCGACCCUACCUCAGACUAUAUGUUUCAGCCUCACCAAACACGGUAUGUUGACGAAGAAAGUUGAAAAAGUAGAGAAAAUGAGCUGAAUAUUUUCCAUGGAGGGAAGCCUUUUGACUUCCCAUGUGAAAGGAUUCCCUCGUUUCCCCUAAUGCUUCUUCUUCAUUCAGAUUCUGUGUAACUAUUUUCCCUUUAAAGUUCAUUAGAACCAAAACGUGCCCCGGUAAUCUAAGAUAUGCUGCUUUCUUUAAACAAACAAUCAUCUUUGUCUUUCAGAGUGUUGCUCUUCUUCACCCUGCUGCUGCUUUCUUCUUUCCAUGCCUUUGGUUCCCUUUCUGUUUCAAAUUCUCCUGUUCCUAUAGAUGAAUCGACAGGAGAAAAGGAAGCGAAAGCUCUUCUUAAGUGGAAGGCUAGUCUUGAUCAUCAAAGUCAGUCUGUCCUGUCUUUGGUUGGAAGGCCUUGUUACUGGAUUGGAAUCAUUUGUGGCAAGUCUGGAAGUAACCUUUCAAAUUCCGGUUUAAUAGGUACACUUCAUGAUUUUAGCUUCUCUUCUUUCCCUGAACUUACUGUUCUUGAUUUAUGGAACAAUUCUCUUAAUGGAACCAUUCCAUCAGAUAUUGGCAACUUAUCUAAAGUGAUCUAUCUCGAUUUGUCUUCCAAUUAUCUUUUUGGAAACAUACCUUUUGAAAUAGGAAAGUUAAAGACUCUUUCUGAGCUCUAUUUGGAAAAAAACAUUCUCACAGGUUCAAUCCCUCUUUCUAUAGGAAACUUGACAGACCUCCUCUUUCUUUACUUGCACAAAAACAAGCUCUCUGGUGCUAUACCUCAAGAAGUUGGGAUGCUUAAGUCCUUGUAUAGACUUAGACUCUCUGAUAAUAAAUUUGUCGGUUCUCUUCCUACUUCUAUUGGAAACUUAAGCAACUUAUAUGACCUUAGCUUUUAUAACAACAAAAUUUCAGGACCCAUACCUCAGGAAAUUGGAAUGCUGAGAUCCCUUGAGCAACUUAGUUUGAGUAAUAAUAGUCUUACCGGCGAAAUUCCGGCUUCAAUAGGAAACUUGACCAGCUUAUACAUGCUGUACCUUUCUAAUAACACAUUUUAUGGCUCAAUUCCUCAAGAAAUUGGAAGAAUGCAAUCUCUCACUGAUCUUGAAUUGGCAAUGGCAAAUCUUACGGGUUUAAUCCCUGCUUCCAUAGGAAACUUGAAAAAGUUAUCAUUUCUUUACCUUCAACAUAACGAACUUUCAGGAUCUAUUCCUUCUAGUAUAGGAAACUUAACCAGUCUCACUGAAUUAAUACUACAACACAAUAAGUUACAUGGAUCAAUUCCUCGGGAAUUAGGAAAGCUCCAAUUCCUUGUCGACUUAAGGCUGUUCAACAACAGUCUCCGUGGUUUGAUUCCAGCAGAGAUAAAUAAUCUUACACAUCUGAUAGUUUUGCAACUCUCUGAAAACUACUUGACUGGCCAUUUACCGCAACAUGUGUGCCUUGGUAGAGCACUUGAAAUUUUUACCGCACACAACAACCUUUUCACCGGUCCAAUCCCAAAAACCGUGAAGAACUGCACAAGCUUAUACAGGGUUCGUCUUGAACACAAUCAACUUACAGGGAAUUUGUCCGAAGAUUUAGGGGUAUACCCACACUUGGACUAUCUAGAUUUGAGUGGCAAUAAAUUCAAUGGUAAGCUGUCACCAGAAUGGGGUCAGUGCCGCAAUCUAACAAGCCUUAAGCUCUCAAACAAUAAUAUCACCGGUUUGAUACCCUCUGAGCUUACAAAGGCUACUAAGCUACAAAUAUGUGAUCUUUCUUCAAAUAAUCUAGUUGGGAAGAUUCCCAAGGAACUGGGAGAGUUACAAUUGUUGUUCAACCUUAUGCUGAAUGACAAUCAUCUUUCAGGCAGUAUUCCUCCGGAAAUUGGAAUGUUAUCUGGUCUUACGAGUCUUAACUUGGCAGCAAACAACUUGAACGGCUCCAUCCCAAGACAAUUGAGCAUGUGUGAGAAACUCACAGAACUGAAUUUGAGCAGCAAUGGAUUGAGUGGAGAAAUUCCGUCAGAGCUUGGAAGCUUGUCCUUUCUUGCAAUUCUUGAUCUCAGUCAGAAUUCGCUAAUAAGAAAAAUACCGGCGCAAGUUGGGAACUUGAAAACUUUGGAAAAGCUGAACCUCUCUCACAACAAGCUCUUGGGUUUUAUUCCAUCAACUUUUGCUGAUAUGUUAAGCUUGACAUCUGUGGAUUUAUCUUACAAUCAGUUGGAGGGUCCUCUUCCAAACAAUAAGGCCUUUCAUGAGGCUUCAUUUGAGGCUUUAAGAAACAACAAAGGUUUGUGCGGAAAUAUCACAGGUUUGGAACCAUGUCCUUCAAAUGUAACUCACAGUCCUGCCCACAAAAGGACUAAGAAAAUGGUGAUUGCAAUUGUGGUCUCUGUUUUAUGCUCACUACUUCUUGUAUUUGUGGUCUUUGGGAUUCUUUCUUGUACCAAACAAAGAGAGAGAAAUACUGACAACACGUCCAGGAUAGUAGAAAGUCAGAAUCUAUUUGCAAUUUGCAACUAUGACGGGAAAAGGAUGUACGAAAACAUAGUUGAAGCAACAGAAGAAUUUGACUCCAAAUAUUGCAUUGGGGUGGGAGGAUAUGGAAGCGUUUACAAAGCUCAAUUGUCGAGUGGUCAAAUAGUAGCCGUGAAAAAACUUCACCGACUUACGGAAGGUGGGGUGGCAAACCAAAAAGCUUUUCACAGUGAGAUUCGUGCCUUGACUGAAAUACGCCAUCGCAACGUUGUGAAACUUUAUGGUUUCUGUUCUCAUCCCCGACACUCAAUUCUGGUGUACGAGUUCUUGGAAGGAGGAAGCCUGGAGAAGAUACUGAGCAUUGAGGAACAAGCAAUGGAGUUUGAUUGGAUAAAGAGGGUAAAUGUUAUUAAAGGCGUGGCUAACGCUGUGUCCUACAUGCACCAUGACUGCACCCCUCCCAUAGUCCAUCGUGACAUUUCAAGCAAGAAUAUUUUGCUAGAUUCAGAAUAUGAGGCCCAUGUAGCAGACUUUGGGGCUGCCAGGCUUCUAAACCCUGACUCAUCCAAUUGGACCCCAUUUGAAGGCACUUUUGGUUACUCUGCUCCCGAGCUUGCUUACACCAUGCAAGUGAAUGAAAAGUGCGAUGUCUUCAGCUUUGGAGUCGUGACAUUGGAGACACUCUUGGGAAGGCAUCCUGGGGAUCUCAUAUCUUCCCUGUCAUCAUCAUUUUCUACGUUCUCGCCAUCAUGCUCAUCAUCAGCAACCUUCCAUCAUUUACUGCUGAAAGAUCUGUUUGACCAGCGUCUUCCACCUCCUAGGAGACAAGUAGCAGCAAAACUGGUCUCAAUUGUAAAACUAGCAUCUACAUGCUUACAUGCCAGUCCACAAUCUCGACCAAGUAUGCAGCAAGUUUCUCAGGAGCUGUCAAUUCAGAAUCCACCCUCAGUGAAUCAGUUUCACACAUUGACAUUAGGGCAAUUGCUUGAUUCCAGCACUCAUACAUCCUGAGCAUGCAAUUGCUCCCUCGUUUUUCUGCCAUCAUUCUGUUCCGCUUCUGCAUCUCCUUUUCCAUGUUUCUAUCACAGGAUAUCCCAAUUAGUCUCUGUAUCAUUGGCUUGAAAAGUAAGCACUGAUGAGACAAUAAAAUUCUAGCAUGAAAAACUAUUACUGUAAUCUUCAGAGGGCUACAAACAAUUCUCUGCCUUAUAUAUCAAAGGGAUCUGUGGCGCAAUCGUAGAGUCUGACUCCAGAUCAGAAGGUUGCGUGUUGGAUUCACGUCAGGUUCAAAUCCCAAUGCAUUGGGAUCCCUCCCGUAAUUUUCUUAUGUCAAUGGAAUUUCCCUAGCAGUCCUUUCCAGUUC